AUGACCGAUUCUUCUAAAUCUGUCAACUUCCGCGAGUUGGCUGUGAUAUCGCGUCGUGAUGCGCUGGUCCGGGAGACCAUGCUUCAGCAGUCCAGGGUGGAGCACCAUAUGCUGCAGAAUCUCCUAUCGCACAGCAACGGCCCAAUCCGAUACAGUACAUACCCAGUCACCGUCGAGAUCAACACGUCUUGCUCUCACCAAAGCGAUGACCACCCUGUAAAGGUGGGCCUGGUUCGUGAGAAACAAUGUGAGAGCAAUUCAUUAAAUGGGCAACCAACAGCCAACGGGCCCAACGAACAUGGUCCUGACACCGAGUACAUCCACGCCAGAUACAUUGUCGGAUGUGACGGCGCCCGUAGCUGGCUGAGGAAGCAACUCGGUGUAGUCCUCGAGGGCGACUUGACGGACUCGGUCUUUGGCGUAGUCGACUUUGUUCCCAAGACCAACUUCCCCGACAUCCGGCGGGCGUGCUUUCUCCGUGCCGCAACCGGCACAAUCCUCAGCGUCCCCCGCAGCAACAAGGAAGUCCGCUUCUACAUCCCCGUCGGCAGCGGUAGCGCCUUGCCCGACCCUAAAGACCUCACCCUGGACCGCGUCCUGGCCGCCGCUCGCAACAUCCUCUCCCCCUACACGCUAGAAGCGGGCGCCGUCUCCUGGUGGUCUGCCUACCGCGUGGGCCAGCGCGUUGGCAGCCACUUCUCGCGCUGCCGCGAGCGCGCCUUCCUCGUCGGCGACGCAGUGCACACGCACUCGCCCAAGGCUGAUGCGGAUGCGGCGUCCCAAGAAGCGCUGCUGCGAACGUACGAGCUGGAACGGAGGCCCGUCGCCCAGGAUCUCAUUGCGUUUGACAGGGGCUAUCUGAAACUGUUUGCUGCGCCGUCGGCCGAGUUUGACUCGGAGAUGCUGCGCGGUCUGAAGUUCAACACGGGGCUGUCAAUUCGAUAUCCCAAGUCCUGUAUCGUGCAGCUGCCUAGGGGCGAUUUUCAGGUGCUCUAUCAGGCGGAUGGCAUUACUGUGCGCAUUCAGAAGAGGAUGCAGGCUACCGGUGCCUUUCGGGUCAUUGUCUUUGCUGGGGACAUUGCCGAUUCCAAUCAGUUUGCCAAGGUACAGAGCCUGGGAGAGUUCCUCUCGGACCGUGGCUCUGGCCUGGGACGGUUGACCCUGCCAUUUGAUGGCGACGAUUUCGCGGCGUGGCGAAAGGUCCCGGUCGAGGAACUUGUCGUGCAUUGUGCUGAUCGGGCGAAGGUGCAGUUGCUCGACAUGCACGAGGUGUAUCGGCCCUGGAGUAGCGACCAGGGGUACGACUACUGGCGGGUGUUUGCUGACGCUGAGAGCGUGUUCGAAGGCCAUGGCAGAGUGUAUGACCGGCUGGAACUAGACGCAAAGAAAGGGUGCUGUGCUGUGAUCAGGCCGGAUGGGUAUGUUGGUGCUGUCAUGAGCGUUGAUGACUUCCAGGGGUUGAGGGAGUACUUCGAAGGGGUAGGGAUGCUGGAGGUGAGGUGUGUCAACGGCAAACCUCAUUGA